AUGAUGGAGCGAGACCGCAACAAGUCGCUGCUGCUGGAGCUGCUGCGGGCGCCGGGCAACGAGCGCUGCGCGGACUGCGGCGCGCCCGAUACAGAGUGGACUUCCUACAGACUUGGAAUAUUCAUUUGUCUGAAUUGCUCCGGGAUCCAUCGCAAUCUUCCUCAAAUCAGCAGGGUCAAAUCCAUUUGGCUUGACUUCUGGGAGAACGAUCUUAUCGAGUUUAUGAAAAGUCAUGGGAACCUUCAUGCCAAAGCUAAAUAUGAGGCAAAAGUCCCUCCCUACUACUACAUCCCUCAGUCCAAAGACUGCUUGGUUUUAAGAGAACAAUGGAUUAGAGCUAAAUAUGAGCGUGAGGAAUUUGUUGCCACCCAGGUCUUUCAUGAUCCUUGUUCUGCAGGCAGCCGUGAGGGAUUCCUCUGGAAGCGAGGACGGGACAGCAGGCAGUUCCAGAAGAGGCGGUUUAUUCUGUCAGCAGGGGAAGGGAUCAUGAAGUACUACACCAAAGAGUGUAAAAGUCCAAAAGCUGUUAUCAGCAUUGAGACACUGAAUGCGAUGUUCCAGACAGAGAAAAUGAAACAUGCUCAUGGGCUGCAGAUCACGUUCAACACAGAUGGUCAAAUACGGAACCUUUUUGUCUAUCAUGAAAGUGGAAAGGAGAUUGUUGACUGGUUCAAUGCUAUUCGGGCAGCACGUUACCAUUACCUGAGAACCACUUUUCCUGAUGUUCCUGAGGCUGAGCUCAUACCCAGGAUUACAAGAGAAUAUACCAAAGAAGGAUACAUGGAGAAAACAGGACCAAAGCAGAAGGAGGCCUUUAAGAUGCGCUGGUUCAGCCUGGACUCUCAAGAGAGGAUCCUGAUUUACUUUAAAAAUCCGCUGGAUGCAUUCGAACAGGGCCGUGUUUAUAUUGGAAGUGCAGCUGAGGGGUAUGAAGUACGAGAUGGCUUUCCCCAGGGAGUCCAGGUGAAGAAGAGGAAACCAGGGAUCACUGUGGUGACACCAACGAGGGAGUUUGUGUUUAUGUGUGAUAAUGACAGUGAUCAGAGGGAGUGGAUAGAUGCUUUGAAUGGAGUCCUUGCCCAGCCUUUGACUGGCUAAGAUGAGCACAGAAUUCCAGUGAACUGCACUUUUGGGUUCUUUCCAGCACUGCUCUGUGACCUCCUUCUGCUGGCGAGGAUGGUGCUCAAGGCCCUGCACAAAGGACUUCUUCCUUGAACAGCUGCAGGCACAGAGGAGGCAGAGAAAUGAGUAAGAGGGAGAUACAGAGGUUUGGAAAGGAUCUUUUCCCUGCAGAACCUUGCAUGAAGUGUCUUCUCCCUUCCCUUCUCUGUUUUUGAGAGGAGGCAGCCUUCCUCGCCUGAUGUAGGAUGAACUAGGCUGUGUUGUCUUAUGGAAAAAGGAACAAGGUCAGCCAGAAGUUCUGACUGCAGGAGAGACUGAGCCUUGUAGGUGCUCUUAUUACCAGAUCCUCCCUUCUGGCUUUGGUCUGAGGUCAGAAGAGUACUCUUAUGCAUCCCAUAGGAUGUAUUUGAUAAUCCAGCCCAUGGCAUGUAUCCUGCUCAUGAAUGUGGUCAUCUGUUAUACAAGUACAUAAAGCCAGUGACAAGAGGAAAAGCCAUCACUACCAGGAGAAUGCAGGUGUCCUGUCGAAUAGGCCCGUGCUGGAUGCACUGGACGGAGCAGAACCAAGCA